AUGCGCGCAGCUCCGCGGGAGAUGAGGGGAACCCGGGAGUCUCUCCAGCUCCUGAGCGCCCUCCGGAGCGCCCACGCGUCCCACACAGCGUCCGGCCCACCCAGGCGCCCCGCACUGCCUCGGGGCGCUGACGGGCGGCGCCGUGUGAUGACGCCACGCGUCGCGCUGACCUGCCCUGAGUUGGGCGGGUCCCCCCGCGGUCUGACCGCCCGCCUCAGCCGGGACCCCGAGUCCGCGCAGCCCCCCGGGGUGGGGCUCCGCCUCAUCCCUGACCUCCUGAACCCCGGGCCCGCGACCCCCGCCUGGUCGGGCCUCCUCUUCCCCGAACCUCAGGCCCGCGACCCCCACCGAGCCUUGCGCCGCCUCACCCCUGACCUCCUGAACCUCGGGCCUGCGAAACCCACCGGGCCGGACCAGUUCCUCCCCGAACCCGGGGCUCGCGGUCCCCGCCGGGUCCCUGCCUCCUCACCAGACCCCAGGACCCCCACCGGGCCGGGCCUCCUCUUCCCCGAACCUUGGGCUCGCGACUCUCGCCGGGCCGGACUGUCUCCUCAUCAGACCCCGGGACCCCAUCCGGGCCGGGCGCCGCCUCAUCCCGGACCCCAGGACCCCAGGCCCGCGACCCCCACCAGGCCGGGCCUCCUCUUCCCCGAACCCCGGGCCCGCGACCCCCGCCGGGUCGCUGCCUCCUCACCAGACCCCGGAAGCCUCCCGGCCAGGUUCCCGCCUCUUGCCCCAGGGCCCUUGACCCCCCCACUGGCUCGUGCCCUCAGGGGCUGGUCGGCGAUCCCGCGUGUGGUCCAUUCAGGCCGGACGUGGGUCCCGGCUCCAGGCACCUGUGCGCGAGAAAGGGGGUGGGGGCGUCCCUCGGGAAGGAGGGCCCGAGCCCCGGAGAUGCCGCCCGGCAAGGUCCUGCAGCCGGUCCUGAAGAUGAAAGUGGACGAGCUCUUCCUCUGCUGGCUCAGCGAGUCCAGCACGCAGGCGAUGCUCCGGGACUGCUUGCGGAGGAUCCAGAUGCCCGCGAUGCCUGAGAGGGGCGCGGGAGACGCGGAGCAGCCGGGGCCCUGGCUCGCAGCCGCCGCCCCCGACCCUGCCUGGAGGCCGCACGAGUGCGAAGGUCCCGGGGCGCCCGGCCCUACCCCCGCGUCCACCGCGCUUCCCGUGGGAGCCGCCUCCAGUGCCCGGAGUGGGCCGCCGAUUCGAGGGCCUCGACGAUCCGGAGGGGCGAGAGUAUCAUGUCAAACUCUUCGUGACCCAGUGGACUGUAGCCCCCCAGGCUCCUCUGUCCAUGGGAUUUUCCAGGUCCAGACGAGGAAGGAGGAGCCCCUGCCGCCCGCCGCAAGCCGGAGCAUCCCCACCUUCUACUUCCCCCGCGGCCGCCCGCAGGACACGGUGAACAUAGACACCGUCAUCGCCAAGAUCGAGAGGACCUUCGCCCAGUUCCCACACGAGAGGGCCACCAUGGAGGACAUGGGCCGCGUGGCUAAGGUAGGUGUUCCCGUGGGCACGGGGGGUGGUCCUUCUUCGGUCGUGGCAGGCACAGAGCUCGGCUUCUCUGAGUCUGCUCUCUGCCAUCCUUGGGGCCUGAGGCACAGAGGGCUCGUGCUGAGCUCCAUCCUCGCUGUUGGAGGACACGACAGCCUGCGUGCCGUCCCCGGGGCCUCGUGAUCUUAGAGGGACCCUCCCCACGGGCUCUCCUCCGACCUUCCCCUCUGUCUCCCGUCCAAGGGAUGCAUGUCCACAGUCCACACAGCGCGUGUGUGAUACUGUCCACAGUCCACACAGCGCAUGUGUGAUUCUGGACUUAUCCUUAGUGUGCCCGCAGAGAGGUGCUCAUCGCAGAGAGUGUGGCUCUGGACCCUCCGUGUGUACACCCGGCCGUUUGGUGUCUGCAGCAUCUCUCCCAGGAACGCGGCACGGUGUCCUUGGCCACCCCUAAUGCCUGGCUGGCUGCCGUGAGGGGCCCGGGGUCCCUGUGGUCCCUUGCUGUCUCACUGUGUGUGUGUCCAUCACUCAGUCGUGUCCGACUCUGUGACCCCAUGGGCUGUAGUCCCCCAGGUUCCUCCGUCCGUGGGAUUCUCCAGGCAAGAACAUGGAAGCAGGUUGCCAUUCCCUCCUCCAGGGGAUCUUCCUGUGUCAGGGUUUGAACCUGCCUCUCCUGCAUUGGCAGGCGUGCUGAACAGAGGACAGGCCCCUGCUUCACGUCAGUCAGAGGCCCCAGGUUGCCUGCCGGUGUCGUGCCCACAUGUGGGGUCCCUGUGCUCCCAGCCCCCCAACUCUCGCUGUCGUUGACAGCUGUGGGCGGGCACCUCCCGUGUGUUUGAUCCCCCGGGGGUCACGCUGCUGCAGACUGCUUGUGAAUUCAGCAUUGGUUCUUCAGGGCAGUGCGGGGCCUGUCUCCUUUGUCCCUAGUGC